AUGAGAAUCUUUCGAAUGCCAUUAGAAUUAUUAUUAUCACCUUCUUUAACAUUUCCAUCUUUAAUAUCAACAUCUACUUAUUAUCACCAUCCUCGUAAUAAUCAAAAAAAAAUGAUCGGAAUUCGGUCAAUCUUUCUUGAUAUUAGAAAGCAAAAUAAAUAUUUUCAAUUUUAUACAAUUAAUAUUAUUAAUAGUAGAUUCUUUAUUGAUCGAACAAAUUGUCAGUUUCAAAGAUUGACUAAUACUUGUUCUCAACAACAAAAUGAGAUAAUAUGCCAAACAAAUCAGAUAAAUAGCACAUCAACUAAAGAUGGGAUGGAUGGAAACGAUGACGGAAAGGAUGGAAAGGAUGAAAAAAAUGAAAAAGAUACAAAAGAUAAACUCAAUGAAGAAGAAAUACAAAACAUGAAAUUAUUAACUAAAUAUUUAAUAAAUUCAAUAUCAAUGACAAAAGCAUUUGAAAUAUUACAAAAAAAUCAACAUGUUAUACACCAAUUAAUAAGAUAUUCAACAUUAUAUUCGUCACAACUAGAAGAAACUUUUCAACUUUAUAAUAAAUUAAAAGAACAUUCAAUUGAAAUCUCUUUUAAAGACAAGAAACAUUUAAUCUUAAAAUUUUUAGAAAAUUUAUGGCCUAAACAAGCUGUUAUAAUAUUAAAAGACAUUAUUUAUAAUGGAAAUACCAAACCUGAUAUUAUUUUAAUUAAUAAAACAUUGGCAUGUUUAAAAAAAACCAAAAAUUACAAAGAAGCACCUCUUUUAUUUAUUAGUUUAUUAAAUAAUGGAAUACAAUUAGACACAUGUUCAUUUACCAUAAUUAUACAAAUUUAUUCUCUCCAAGGUCAAAUGUCAACUGCAGUAAAUUAUUAUGAAAAAAUGUUGAAAUUAGGAAUAAGACCUAAUGAAAUAACUUAUUUAAUAUUAAUCCAAGGAUUUUCUAAACAAAAUGAUUUAAAAAAUGCAUAUAGAUUUUAUAAUUUAAUGUUGAAAACAAAUAAAAGACCAACGUAUAAAAUAUUAAAUACGCUGGCUGAUCUUUAUGUGAGAAAUGAGGAAUUAGGAAAAGCAGAAGAAACAUUUAAAACAAUGAAAAAUUUAAAUAUUAAACCAGAUUUAUCUUUAUAUAAUAUAAUAAUAUAUAAUUCUACUGUUAAAUUAGAUAUGAAAACUGCUAAUGGCUUCUAUCAAGAAAUUAUCAAUUCGGGAUUUAAACCUGAUAUUUAUACUCGUACUAUUAUGCUUAAUGGUUACAUUAAAGUUGGAGAUCAUGAAAAUGCUUGGAAAAUGUAUAAUUAUAUUAUGGAUAACGGAGUUAAAAUGAAUGAGCACGUAGGAAAUAGUUUAAUACAUUUACAUCACGAACCAAAUAUUAUUUCUUUAACGAUUAGAUGGAAAUCUAGACUUUCUAAUGCAAAUGAUAUCCAUUCAGCAAAUAUGAUUUAUAAUGAAUUUCUUGACACUAUUGACAAAGGAAAAAAUCAUUUUCGUCCAGAUUCCAGAGCUUUUAAUAUUUUCAUUUCAAAAUUUGCUCAAUAUUUUGGUGACAUGGAACGAGCUCAAGAGAUUCAUAAUGAUAUGUUGAAAAGAGGAAUUUCAUCAGAUGUUUAUACUUUUUCAAUAUUAAUUGAUGGAUACGCUUUAUUAGGACAACCCGAGAAAGCAAUGGAAAUAUUUGAAUUAUUAAAAUCAUCCCCAACCGUUAAACCAAAUGCAUAUAGUUAUACAUGUUUAUUAAAAGCUUGGGGACAAGUAAGGAGGAGAGAUAAAGUUAAAGAGAUUUAUGAAGAAAUGCUAAGAGAAAGGAUUAAACCACAUGGAGCAACUUAUAGUAUAUUAUUAAAAGAUACAUCUGGAUUACCUUCAACAAAUUAUUCAAAAAAACCAUUAUCAUCGAAUCCUUCUAAUAUUUAUAAUCCUCCUAAUCCUUCUGACCCUUCUAAUCCUUCUAACAAUGAAAAAAAUCUUCCUUUUUCAAAACCACCUCAACAUGUUUUAGACACUUUAAUUUGGUUAGGUAGAUUACAAAAGGCUCAAAAUAUAACUUAUGCUUACAAAGUAUACAAAAAUUUUAUUAAUUAUAUAGACAAUUCAACUUUUGAUGAACAAUCAAAACCAAAUAAUUAUUCAUUUACUAUUUUCAUACAAUCAUUUGCUUUGUAUUAUGGAGAAAUGUCACUUUCAUUAAAAGUAUUGGAUGAAAUGAUAAAAAGAAAUAUUCAAAUUAAUAAUGUUACUUUUGGAAUCUUAAUUGAAGGUUAUGCCAGACUGAAACAACCCGAGAAUGCUGAAAGAAUGUUUUUUAAAAUGUUAAAUAUGAACAUAAAACCUGGUAUCAAAAAUUUUAAUAGUUUAAUUGGUGCAUGGGUUAAAGUUGAAUAA